AUGUCAAUCCCGCUUUCAGAGCUGAAAAUAUUUUGCUUUGGUUGGUAUUUGCUACAUGUGUUGCUGAUUCACUCUUCUCUCGGUGUAUUCCUUGCUUCUAAGCUAGACUUUGUCCCAACCACGGGACUACCGUCCUUCGAUAACAAAACAUUAGAAGUUCUCCAUGCAAACGAAUUGCAUGAAAAGGUGGUCGGACGAGCAGCGGAACGGGUGCUUAAGUCGUUUGAAGAGACGUUAACGGACAAUAAUACGCUAGAUGAGAAGCUGCGCGAGAAGUUUUAUAAAACACGGAAAGAAGAGGCAGUAAAGUCGCAUACGAAUGAGAUGCGAAAAGCUUUGAAAGAUAUGCGAGCAUCAUGCCGUAUUAUAAAAAUCCCAUUCAGUACGAGCCAAGUGAAAUUUUUUCCUGGUAUAGCGCUUAUUGGUAUUGGAAUGAGGAUCGGUCUCGGCAAGCUUGUAUGCGAUGGAAUAACGGGGUUGAUUCACAGGUUCAGCGAGGAGGAACAGCGACAUAAGCGAGAGAUGAACGAGCUGAUUGAAAUGAAUAAGAAGGUGCAGGACUUGGAAAAAUCCUCGAGUUCCAAACUUCCGCGUGAGAUCCGCUAUAGCUUCGUGUUCUCACAAGUGAGAACGCAGAUACUUAUGGCCGUAGAAGAGGCUAUGAUUGAGCUGUUCAGUCGCGGUCGAGUUACGGAUCUGAUGAGCCCAGAGCGUUUUGAGGAGUCGCUGCUGAAACGCAAGUACGAAGCUGCCGGAGUAGCACUGCAAGCUACGGUGCUCUCAAAACGAACACGUUAUGGAAGUGAAGGCAAGCAGGUGGCCGAUUUUGGUAGCAGUUGUGUCACGAUCGCAUCGACUCUUCUCUGUAAAACACGGCCACAACCGUUCAAAUGCGGUCUGGCUAGCAGAAGACGUCGCGGAUGCGCGUUUACGCUUGUGGAGUCGCUACUAAGGACAAUAGUAGUUGCUACCCGAAUGAAGCGUAUUCUGUAUAAAUCGGCAGAGCGCGACACAUUUGAGUCAAUUCGGCUGGAGAAGCCAGGUUUCGUCUGUGAAAUACCGAACGGAGCAAUGAUUCAAAUACGCGUGGAAACGAUAACAUCACGUAUCACAUCGAGCAAUUUUUUGGCAGUGAAGAAACGGCCGAACCCAAAGGACGAUAGUCGAGACGAUAACAUGGAUGAGCUUUCUGGAAGAGGUGGAUGGUGGUUGAACGGCGAGCGGCUGGUCGUCCUGUUGAUGUCGGUCAUAAUUGGAUUAGUUACGCUUAAGUCUUUGAUUUAUUACCAAUCAAGUAGCAAAAUGGCUGAACCUAUCCUCAGAUCAAAGAAGUACACGAAGGUGGUAGAAAUUGGCAAUGCUGCCAAAGAGAAUUUCGAGAGAUUGAAGAAUGAACAAAUUAUCAGAAUAUUGCCCACUGAGAUGAAGGAAGGAGCAAAUUUCUGCGUUAGCGGGAAACAAGGAGAGUAUCGGCUCUACGAACAUCUCAGCAGAGCGCUCAACGAUCGUAUUCGGAGGUACUCGUUGGAGUUCAAGGGUCACAUGAAUCGCCGCAUAAACCGAUAUGAAGGGGAUCGUCGCGAUGAGGUUGAAAUGCUAGUGCGAGAGCAGAUUGAUGCGGCAUUACGAGCUCGUGGUAUACAUGCCAGAGCCGAGGCUGUGAGCAGUAGCUCGUCAGCUGGAACAGGUGAACGUAUCCGCGGUUCUACCACGGCUCAGAUGAGAAAAAAGGAGCAGGAAGAAGAAGCGGGAAGUGAUGCAGCAGUUUCACGUCAAGCUGCGCGGCCGCAAGCUGCAGAGGAGGGGCUUCACGACGAGCCUGAUGUGGGCGAAGGACCGUCAACACCGCCUACUGUGCGGCCAGUCACGUUUGCAGGAGAAAAUGUACCACGCCAUUUACUCGACACAUAUUUUGACGACAAACUCUACGAAGAUGGAUCUUACGUGCCAAGCGUGUUCCGAAAACACUCAAAGUACGACUAUAUGUUCCAUCAUGAGUUGGACGCGUUUGAUAGGGACUAUUACAUGGAAAGUUUUACAAUUACGGUUACACAAAGAGAGGGAGCGUGGGGACGUUUGGAUGAGAAUUUGAAGUUUUGGCGUAAGUUGAGAAGCGAUGCCCAUCCACUGCUGCAACAGUUCGCCGUGAAUAUUCGGGAAUCAUUGCUUGACAUGAUGACAAAAAAGGGCGAGCCGUCGAAGAAUGGGAUCUGGAUGUACAUCUCAUAUGUGGAGCGGUUCAUGAUCGUUACUAUGAGAACAGACGGAAGGUGCAACGGUUGGUGUAAAGUAGAACUUACUGAAGUCGUUGGUGGCCCUGUACAAAUUCGUAGAGUUCAGGCUAGAAGCAAGAGCGGGACGUCAGCGUCUCGAGGACGUAGCUCGAGAAAGAUUUUUCUUCAACAUAUUGCCAUGCUGAAUACUGAGGAAAAGCAAAUGUCCUCGUUAAGGGGUAUUAUGCCGGACAGCUCAAAGGAAGGUGAGCUGUACCACGUGGCUCAAGCCGUUGUCGACCAGGCAGGUGUUGGAAAAAGUGUGGAAAAAUUGAUGAGAAAAUUUGAGCGAAGAGGAACGUUAAUGGGACAGGUGGUGACAAUAGAUGACGUCAUAUACUCGUCUGAGAUUAUCGUUAAAUAUAUGCAUCAACUCAAGACGGAAGGUGCAACGGUUGGUGUAAGGCAGAACUUACUGAAGUCGUUCGCGGCCCUGUACAAAUUCGUAGAGUUCAGGAUAGAAGCAAGAGCGGGACGUCAGCCUCUUGAGGAUGCAGGUCGAGAAAGAAAAAUAUUUCUUCACCAUAUUGCCAUGCUGAAUGCUGAGGAAAAACAAAUGUCCUCGUUAAGGUUUGACGCGUUAAUCAUCUUGGCGAUUUGGAAGGAGGAUCGUCAAAUGCUCGACGACGAAAAGGCAGUGGAACCUGCGCAGUAG